CCUGGUCGCCCUGAUGGCAGUGGUGGCCCUAGCCUUCGCCGCCGAGGCCGACAAGCCUGCAGAAGAGAAGAAGGAAGGUGACGUGGAGGGACGCAUCGGCUUCGGAUCCGGCUUCAGGAACGUCCAGGGUGGCAACCAGUACGGCUUCAACCGGGGGGCUUCCGGUUUCAACCAGGGCAGCGGUGGCUUCGACGCGGUCAACCGUUACAACAACGUCCAGGGCUUCAGAAACCGUGACGGCUACCGCACCAACGCCGGUUUCGACCAGAGCGACUUCAACCGCUAUGGUUCCGGAGGCGCUGGUUUCUCUGGUGGCUUCAACCGUGGUGCCGGUGGUGCCUACAACCAGCACGGGCAGGCGGGUGGAUUCUACGGCUAAGAGCCAUCGAGU